AAAAUUUACAGAGGCAGCGUAGAGCUUCACUGAUCCUUCCCCUCCACUCGACGGAGAAAGCUGCUCCGAGGCUCCUCCUCAUUCAUCAAUGGCGGCCGUCGUAUGUGUCAGCUUCUUCAGUCUGCUCCCCGUCUCAGAAUCAUCUUCUCAGAAAUUACGAUUACUGAAACCUGACGCGGUUGGGAUUUCAGGCAGAUGGAUGAGCAGAGCUGUGUAAACACAGUUGAGCCCAUAUUCUUGGCGCUGAAUGUAGAAGAAAAAACAAGCUUCCUCUUGAUUGGAGACAUGAUUGUAUGUAAUAACUUCUCAUUGCAUGCAGCAACCGACGGCAUCCUCAGCCAGGGCAGCAACACCAGGAAAAGCAUCUCUCUCAAAGGUCCUGGAUGUGCUAGUGCAACUAUUCCAUUAAUAGGCCAUUUGAGCAGACUUUUCCCUAGUAAUAGUUUUUAUGUUAUGAAUGUAGUAAGUUGUUAUAGUCACAGAACAAUAACUGGUUAUUGGAUUGGUCCGGAUAUUGACGACGAUGGAUGGGGAUUCGUUGAAGCUUCGAUUCAUCCAGUUACUUGACUCUAUAGCUAGUCUUUAACUGUUGA